GCGUUAGCUCGCUAGCUAGCCUCGCACAGCCAUGAUGCCUGCCGUCGCCAGAUAGUGAUCCGUGUCGAGGACCGAGGGCGCACUAUUUGGCACGUCCUCGGCUCGGCCCUGGCAAGCGGGCCGAAGCCGAGCCGGGAAGCCGUCCGCCGCCCGGCCCCUCCUGGGCCAGGGCUGGACAAAAGGAUACUCAGGGUUAACAUCUUGGACUGGUAGUCGAAGGCCACCACCUCCCCCUGCAGACGCUGGCCCAAGCAGGUGAGGCAGGAGACAUGGCUCCCGACGCUGAAAUACUCCCCCGGUCCAGGAGCCGCCAUCUUCUCCGCCAGCAAAGCCGGAGUGCGUGCCUUACGUCAAGUGCGGAGCGCGACGUGAUGACGUAAUGACGUACUGGAAAGGGGGUUGGCGCGUCGACGUCCUCCCCAGUGAUGAUUUCUCAACUCCGAUUUUAAAAAAAACAACAAAAAAACGCUCUGCUCCGUCAUUCCGUUACAUUUCCGCCACAAAGUUCUUUGUAAUGAACACGUUACAUUACGUUACAUCAUGGCGGGGCCGUGACGUUGCUGUUGUCGGCCAUUUGACGAGCGCCCUCUGGUGGACGUGGCGCGGGGGGUGAGUCUUUUUACACGCACACACACGCACACGCACGCAGGGAUGAUGGAGCGCAUCCACACGGUGGGAAUAUGGAUGGCGGAGAGUCUCCAGCGGGAAACGGGAAGCUUGGAGGGCCUGUGGUUGUUCGCCACCCACGCCGGGAACCCCAAGGCGGCCUUCCUGCUGCUCUUCCCCCUCGCCGACUUCUUCAGCCGGCGAGCCGGCGUGGCGGUGCUGUGGGUCGGCGCCCUGGCGGACUGGCUCAACCUGACGCUCAAAUGGGUGAUGUUCGGAGAAAGGCCGUAUUGGUGGAUCGGCGAGUCCCGAGUCUUCCUGGCCGAGCAGCCCCGGGUCCAGCAGUUCUCGGCCACCUGUGAAAAUGGCGCCGGAAGUCCCUCGGGGCACGCCAUGGCGACGGCGGCAGUGGGGUGGGUGGUGGCGUCCUCGCUGGCCUCCUUCCUGUCCCGCCGUACCCGCAGCUGGCCUCUGACCCGGGCUCCUUACCUGCUCUAUGCCGCCUUCCUGCUCGCCGUCUGCCUUUCCAGAGUCUUCCUUCUGGCCCACUUCCCGCACCAGGUGCUCUCUGGGGCCCUCGUAGGUCUUUUGGUGGGGAGCCUUCUGAACCGCAGGGUGCCAGAAGGCCGCCGCCUCUUUUUCUUCUUCAGCCUCAGCGCCGCAUUGAUGGGCGGCGCCCUGAUGCUGUACGCCGGUCUGCAGCAGCUGGGGGUCGACCUCUCCUGGUCUUUAAGUUUGGCUCACAAGUGGUGCCAGCGUGCCGACUGGGUCCGCCCCGACAUGUCCUCCUUCACGUCUCUGACCCGGGACUGCGGGACCCUCCUGGGCCUGGGCCUGGCCGAGUACUGGAAGCCCGGCGGCUGGUCUCUGCCCCGGACCUGGCGGGCCUUGUCCCUGGCCCUGUCCUCCGCCGGCUUGUACCUGGUCCACCGCCUGCCCACGCCCGUGCGACCGCCGGCGCUCUUCUACUCGCUGGUCUUCGUCAAGUUCGCCCUGGUUCCUCAGAUAGUGAUGGCGCUGGUGCCGGGUCUGGUGCACCUUGUGACGCUGGUGCCGGGUCUGGUGCACCUUGUGACGCGCCGGAAGAGAGACUAGUCCGCCGGGUCCGGCCGGGGCUUCUACUUGAAACAGAAUGUCGAACUCCGGAGGGUCGUUGAAAUGUCGGAGAAUGUUUUCAGAAUAAAAGCAUCUUGUACAACUCAACUAUAAGUUAUG